UGCAGCACUCUUCCUCUUUGUGCACACGCGCCCCGUUCAUAUUCUUCUACCGUUUCCGCUUAACUUCCUUUCCGGCGGCGGCUAUUUCUUCGCCAACAUGCCACUCGCAAAAGACUUGUUGCACCCAACCCCCGAGGAGGAGAGGAGGAGGCACAAGAAGAAGCGUCUUGUCCAGAGUCCUAAUUCUUACUUUAUGGAUGUGAAGUGUCCAGGAUGUUACAAGAUCACAACAGUCUUCAGCCAUGCACAGACAGUGGUGCUGUGCGUGGGUUGUUCGACAGUGUUGUGCCAGCCCACCGGUGGCAAAGCCCGGCUCACUGAAGGUUGCUCUUUCAGGAGGAAGCAGCACUAGCGAUGUCAGGGCCUAGAGGAGAGGGAGACGAGGACCACGGCAGCGCUGGGCCUGGGCUGAAUAGGCUGCACUAGGCCCCGCCCACAACCUGCUUCUGCAACAUCACUCAUCUGGUCUCUUUGUCUCAGUAAAAAAUAUUUGGCUAAA